AUGGAUCUCAACUCAUGGAACAUUUUUUGGAGUUCGAUUUUUGGGCUGAUUGCGGUACUGAUCUUGUUGGGAAAUUUCUUCACCAUCUGGGUAUUCCACCAACAGAAACCACGUAAACGAUCUUACUUUUUACCAGUCAGUUUGGCUGUUGCUGAUUUAAUGGUCGGAUUGUUCGCCAUUCCAUUUUUCAUAAUACGGAGAACCACAGAAUAUUCAUUGUUGUGGUGGCUCGUGUCAACCUGUUUUGACGCCUUUCCUGGUUUAACGUCCAUCUAUACGCUUGCAGUUAUUUCCUUCGAGAGAAUGUUUGCCAUCGUAUGGCCUCUACGUCACAGAACCCUGACGUUUAAUAAUUACAUCGGUGCCAUUGCCAUACCGUGGAUCGCAGCAGCAGUCUUCAUUGCUGUGUUUAUUCUUCACGCUAAUGGGUUCAUAGAACAAUCAAGUUACAAAUUUCUUCUCCUCCUCUUCCAGACCACGCCAUUGCUAACCAUUUGUCUCGCGUAUUUCAGUAUUUGGAUCAAACGGAAAUUCACAAAGAGAAUCCCAAAUCCGAGAGCUACAAGAGAAUCAAAAUUAGCCAAUACUUUAUUUUUGGUUCUAGGAGCUUCUCUUUUAACUUGGAUUCCAUAUCAAAUGAUCAAUAAUUUGUCAUAUUUUGAAGGUUGGGGUCUGCAGAUUUCAUCGACAGUUUUCUACUUUAGCAAGAUUUUACAGUUCAGCAACUCGCUUGUGAACGUGGUUAUUUAUCCCUUAAGAAUUCAAGAAUUUAAGACAGUUCUCAAGAAUAUACUUCAUUGUCGAGGGGCUGCAUCUCAGAGACCUUCAACUGAACGUUUCCAACCAUCUGUUCCUUUGAACAGGAUUGCCUAA